AUGGACCUUGUAACAAAGUAGGCAUAAAACAAUAGAAAAAUCCCAGAGGCCAUUUUCUUUGAAAAUAUUGAUGAAUUGAUCUCUAAGAAUUCAAUCCAAAGAUUGAUGGAAAGCUUAUAAGAAGCAUAUAACAAAUACAAAUUUAUGGAAGCACAAUUGGUCAAGUAAAGAGAAUCAAUGCAAAAUAAAUUACCAGAAAUUGAAAGAGCUUUGACCAUAGUAGAACACUUGGAACACUAAAAAGAAGAUGAAGUUGUUGACUUUCUUAUUACAGAUACUAUUUAUUCAAAAGCUGUUUUACCUAAAGAAAAUAAGACAGUUGCCCUUUGGUUAGGUGCCAAUGUUAUGGUAGAAUUUGAAUUCAACGAAGCUAAAGGCCUUUUAUCUUCAAACAAAGAAAAUGCCAGCUCGAAUCUUAGAUAAUUUGAUGAAGACAUAGUGUUCUUAAAAGAUUAAAUCACUACAAUCGAAGUUAAUAUAGCCAGAGUAUACAAUGCUAAUAUUAGAAUCUAAUAAACACAAUAAUAAUAGCAAUAGCAAUAGUAAUAAGUAAAAUGAAAUGUAUUUAUUUAAAGUACAUAAAAUAUUGUAUUAUUUUCAAAUUCAAUUAA